ACCUAUAGGUGGUAUUCACGCGUAAGCAACACUGUGAUCCCGUGCAGCAUGACCGGAAGGGCUCAGGCCGGCGCGGCGAGCUUUCCGCUUCCGGCCGCCAUAUCCUUGGGGGAAUGCUUUCGUUUCGUGGUGCUUUGAAGUGCAGCAGCAGGCAUUGCAAUCUCAAGGACCUCGGCAAUCAUUUUAAUCAUGGUUAAUUGCGCUGUGUUCGGAUGCAACAACGAGUCGCGGCGGAAAACUGACUCUGGCGAGAACACGAAGAAGCUUAGUUUUUUUUCUGUGCCGAAUGUUGUUCGUUGGCAAUGCAGCCAGACCUUAGAGAUCUCAACGAAGCGUCGAGCGGAAUGGUUUCGUCGCCUCUACCGGGGUGACAUUAAUACAGACGCUACCCACUACAAAGUCUGCAGCGAGCACUUCGUUUCUGGCAGGCCAUCCUACUUAAUGGAUCUGACGAACCCGGACUGGGCGCCAAGCUUGCACCUAGGGUAUGACACAAAGUCAACAACUCGAUCUGAAGAAAGGCACCAGCGACGUUGCAAGAGGGCUGCGACUCCAAAGGUGGUCCAAAAGGCCGAUAGCAGAGUGCUACGACCCUUGACUACAAUGUUGAAUGCACAGCAGAGUGCUGUGAACAGUACUGUCACAAGUAAAAUGGCUGAUUCAUACAAGGGGAAUAUUUCCUUUAAUGACAUUCAGCGUCUUAACAUCUUUGUUUUUAUGCAGGCACACCACUUGCAAGUCCCAUUGCAGUACAAAAUGACCAAGGCAAUGAGUCACAUAUGUCUCAUGCAGUUAAUUGUUGCAUGAUUAGUCUUUCUGUCAAGAACAACCUCACUGCAGGUGGCCCAUCAUCUACCCCAUUUCUUGCAGUAAGCAGUGUCGCAUAUCCGACGGUCGCCCAGCAUGACCUAUUGGGUGCUUCUCUUUCUGGAGCUGUAGGCGCCUUAUUGUGUGUAUACAGGAUAUGUGCAGUUUUGAUGCGCCCGAGUUGUUGCAGAAACAAGGUUGAUGGUUGUGAAAUGCCAAUGAUAACACUUUAAUGCAGGCCCAACAAUGCUGCAACAAGUACCAGCUGCAACUGUACCACAAGAUGCUGAUACUGCAGCUGACAUAUUUCGUGAGUGAUCUUUGUUUGCACAGUUGCAAAGGGCCUGAGCACCUUAAGAACACAAUUUAAAUGACUGUUAAUGCCUCACCGCAGACCCACCAUCCAUGCCAUCACCUGAGGUAGGCAGGGCCCCAGUCUCAGCUGAAACUGGUUCUACUGCUGGAGCUGCAGUGGAUGGCGCAU